AUGUUAGGCUAUUUACUCACGCUGAGUUGCCUUCACUUUGUGACGACGCUGUGUGUGGGUGAAGAGGAGCCACUUCUUCUAACGCCAUAUCUGAACAACGGCUCCAUCGAGCAGGCCCGGAAGUUAAGCUCCGUUGACCCCCGUGACUUCCCUCUCGCGGAGCUAAACGAGAGCUACGCCGGGUACAUCACCGCCAACCAAACCCUGGGCAACCAUUUAUUUUUCUGGUUUUUCCCGUCUGCAAACAACAGCCACGCCCCUCUGCUCGUCUGGCUGAACGGUGGACCCAUGAUCUCCUCGAUGGUCGGUUUGCUUUGGGAAAACGGCCCGCUGGAAAUUUUCAUUGACGAUAUGGAUUACCUGUAUUUAAAAAAACGCCGGCAUUCGUGGGCUGACCCGUUUUCUAUGCUGUACGUCGACAGUCCUGUUGGCGCUGGGUACAGCUACACGGAAUCCGGCGCGGCAGGGGUCAGAGCGACACAUGAAGGGAUCACACUGGACCUGUACUCCUUCUUGGAGCAAUUUUACGUCAUGUUUCCUGAGUACAAACACAGAGAGCUUUACAUUGGCGGGCAGUCGUAUGCUGGGAAGUAUAUCCCCCACUUCGCUCACUACAUACACCAACAAAUCCAGAAUAAAAAGACGGAUAUUCCUUUAACUGGGAUUUACAUAGGCGGAGCGUUUUAUGACCCGCCGGUUCAGAAUGUGGCGUAUUUUGAAUAUCUUUACAGUAUGGGGGUCAUCAGUCAUGCGCAGAAGAGAAAAUACCAAAGAGUGGCGAAUCAGGAGUUGGAAAAUUUUCAGAAGAAUAGUAAAAAAAAGCUGAACAUGAUAGACAUUCAGCUGCUGGUGCUGCCGUAUGUUGGACUAUUUACAUUGGAUAAUUACGUCACUGACGAGCAGGUGAGGAUAGAUGACGUAAAGAUCAUCAUGAGCUCCGGAACUACGAGUAAAGCGGUGCAUGUUGGGAACCGAACAUUCGUAAGUUUUAACUUGGAGCUUUUCGAAAAAUUCGGCCAGGAGUUUUUCGUCAGCGUCAAGCCGGAAAUGGCGGUGCUGAUGAACAGCUACAAGGUUCUGCUCUUUUCCGGGGACUAUGACGUCAUCGUCAGCUCCGUGACGGUGGACAUGGCCGUGCAGACGACACCUUGGACCGGACAGAAGAGCUACAAUCAGACGCGACGGACUGCGUGGGUGUCGGAGGACGGCCGUGUCCGGGGAUUCUACUCACAGACCGACCGCUUCUGCCGGGUGGUGGUCAAGGGGGCGGGGCACCAGACCCCACGUGACCAACCUGAGACCACCCUGGACAUGAUGAUGCAGUUUGUGGAACACGGCUGUAUUACCCCCAUUAAGCACAAUUUCAGAGGCGGGCAAAAACAUUUUUGAAACCUUUUUUGUAAAGUCCACCGUCAUUCAACUUAUAUCAACCAAUGUCAACGAUAUCAAGUAAUUCAUCGUGUAUCAACAUUCAACUGCAUUUUUAUCAUUGCAAUGUAUAUUGAACCACUGAUGUAUUAACUGCUAAGAAUCUCAGUAAAAACGACCAUUUUGUAUAGAUUGCCUUUCCAUAAAGCUUGAAGACCCAUGGAUCAAAUUCUUAAUUCACGUAAAAUGUCAUUCAGGCAGCCUCAUUUUGUUCUGUGUAUCAACAGAAUUUCAGUAGAUGAGGCAGUUACCUUUUCUAUAUUU